AUGGCGGAGGUGGCUCUACAGGAACAGUACUCACCCCACAACAAACGCAAAUGGUUGGAGGUAUCACAGAGGCUGAAGCUCCAAGGUCGACUGCCUGCCCAGCUCAACUCGGGCACGGACCGAGAUCUCGGCGAUGCUGCACUCGUAACCAUGGCAGCACCUAUGUCGCAGAACUCAAGAACAUCCCUCUUCCCCACGAUCAAGAAACUGCGGCCUGUGUCUGGCCAAACAUUCUUUACCGACACCACAUCUAUGACCGGAACCGAUUCAGAAAAAGGCUUUCAACGCGUCUCCGGCCGCAAGAUACCUUCUGUGCUAGCUACAGGCGGUGACCAGUACGGAGGCUCUUACGGCGCUUUCGAAAAGCAAUUCAGUCCUUCUCCCCAAGCACACUCCUUCGGCCGCAGCCCCUUCCAACGACAUCAACCGCAUAACGACCCUAAUGAAAUCUCCUUUUACCGCGACGAAGACGCCUCAUACUUCAGCUCACCUAGCCGGAAAUCCCGCUCUGCCCCUUCCUCACCACUCUACCCCGCCGUCUUCACCAGAGAUAGCAUAGCCCCCCGUCGCCCCAGCAAUCCAAACACAGACCGUCGCGACUUCGCAAUGGAAGACUUCAACCGCGCUUUCAACCGUAAUAUGGCUGAUAUGAGUAAACCGGACGGCUUCGCGAUUAGUCGGAAUAGUCCGGCGAGGACACCGCUGAUCCAGAGCCCGAGUACGAGCACUUUGAGGCUGCCGAUUCAGGCGCCGGUGACGAUGGACGAGGAUGUCCCGGAUCUGCCGUUGCCGAGUCCAGGGCUUAUAGUGGGUGGGUCGGAUACGGGUGGUGGAGGAGGUAUGGGACUCGGUCUUGCACAUGAGGUGUCGAGGCAGAGGGGUUUAAGUCGUUUUGAUGAGACGGGACUUGGGUCUGCGAGAUUCAGGGACUAG